CUUUUCAAAUUUGUAGUUUUACAAUAAAUAUGCUGAAGUAAAAUUCUCAAUGAUUGUUUGGUUUUUGCACGACAUCAGCGAUCAACUUGUUCGGUAGCAUCCUGGCGAAGGCUGUUGAAAAUAGAAUUUGAGGACCAUUUUAAAUGGCGACAGCGCCAAAGCGAAAAGGUGAUCCAGUGACUGCAAGCUCAUCACAAGAUCUAGUCACCGACCAGGCCUCAGGUCGGCGCCAAGAGCAAAAAGUCUAUACCUUCAAUAACGAGCGGCCAAGCCAAGCCAAGGCCGUUCCAGGGCAAGCCAAGGAAGAUAGGGCGAAGCCACAGAAGACCAUCCUUGAGGAGCAUGGCAUUAUACUGGGCAAGGUGAUCGGCACUGGCAACUAUGCCAAGGUCAAAAUUGGUUUCUCCGAGGAAUAUGGCAAGCGUGUCGCCGUUAAGAUCAUUUCAAAGGUAAAGGCCCCAACCGAAUAUACUCAAAAGUUUUUGCCGCGUGAAAUCGAGGCGGUAAAAGGUCUGCAUCAUGAGAAUCUAAUAACAUUCUAUCAAAGCAUCGAGACAAGUCACAGGGUCUAUUUGAUAAUGCAGUUGGCUGAGAACGGCACUUUGCUGGACUAUGUGAGGGAGAAGAAGUUUCUGGAUGAGGCGCAGUCGCGCACACUCUUCAAGCAGUUGAUGAGUGCCAUUGAGUAUAUUCAUAGCAAGGGGGUAGUGCAUCGGGAUAUUAAGUGUGAGAAUCUAUUGCUGGAUGAGAACUGGAAUCUCAAGCUAAUCGACUUUGGAUUCGCCCGUAAAGAUACCCGCACCACUGAAAACCAAGUGGUGCUCUCGAAGACUUUCUGUGGCAGCUAUGCCUACGCUAGUCCAGAAAUAUUGAAAGGCAUUGCAUACGAUCCAUUCAUGUCGGAUAUUUGGGCUUGCGGCGUAGUCUGCUAUGCAAUGGUAUUUGGUCGCUUGCCCUAUGAUGGCUCCAAUGUACAUAUCCUGCUCAAGCGCAUCAAUCAAUCACUUGUAUUCCCCAAAAAUCCUACAGCCACCAGUGAAUGCAAGCAUAUGAUAAUGCAUAUAUUGGCGCCUGUGAAAAUGAGGUACAAUAUUCCACAAAUCAAGGAUGACCCUUGGUACACAAAUAAAUAACUUAACUUCAAUCCAAUUGUCGCUGUUGUCGUAACCAAAUCGAAAAAAAAAUUUAAGUUAAUAAAACUGCUCAAUUAAAAGCCUA